AUGGCAUUCAAAAUUGCUGCUUUGCUUUUAGUUAUGGUCGCUCUCGGUAACGGUCAUGCGCACGAAGGCGGUCAAGGACAAGGAGGACCGGGAGGACAUGGUGGCUCUGGUCCCAGAGGUGGCCCAGGUGACCAAGGCGGAUUAAGAACAGGACAUCAGGGUGGUUCUGGUCCAGGAAAUCAGGGAGGACCUGGUAACCAGGGAGGAGUAGGACCCGGUGGCCACGGCGGACAAGGAGGAUUAGGUGGUCAAAAUAGUUGGAUCUAG